UGUUUCCUGUGAAGCAUGUUGUACCCGUUUAGGUUGCUAACUCACCUUUGUUUUGUUUUGUUUUGUUUUCCUUCCCUUUAUUUCCCUUUUUGCUUUUCUCCUCCAGCUGUGCUUCCUGUGUCUUCAGCCUUGAGUGUCACUACUGCCUUAGGGCAGCCUGGACCUGCCCUUCCCCCUCCUUACCCCCUAGCCCCCCAACAAUGCCCUCUGGCAACUGCUAAUCAGCCUUCCCCAUUCCAUUCUCCCUCUACUAUUCCUUCCACUGCUUUUGAAGUUCCUUUUCCCCAGUCAUCCUCUGGGACUGCUCUGCCCUUGGGAACUGCCCCUGACACCCCAGUUUUCCUACCAAACCUGAUAGGGCCUCCUAUUUCCCCAGCUGCCUUAGCUCUGGCCUCUCCCAUGAUAGCUCCAACUCUGAAAGGCACCAGUUCCUCUUCAGCUCCCUUGGCUCUGGUUGCCCUGGCUCCCCACUCAGUUCAAAAGAGUUCUGCUCUUACACCUAACCCUCUUACCUUGCCUCCUUCUGUUACUGUAGCUGAGUCAGGAUCAAUGACAUCGAUAUCAACUCCCAUUGCUCCCUUAGAACCAAAGGCUUAUCCAGCUCAGGUUCUCUCUCAAGUAGUUUCUAAUCCCAAAGGUACCCCCAGCCAUGCAGGUAUAGUCAAUGCUGUUCCAUCCCACCUUGGAACUCCCUUGGCCUCUGUUAAAUCUGGAGUAGCUUCAUCCCCUCAGGUGAAAGGUAGCCCUAUUUCUUCAGCUCUGACUUCUCCACAAAACCCAGUAAGCCUCAGCUUAAAAGGACCUGCUAGUCCCCCUCUUGCCUUAUCCUUAUCUCCUUCAACCCAGUCUAUUCCUGUGGUGACCUCUUCUCAAAAGGCUCACAGUGUCCCCCCAGUUUUUCCUACUUCUCUGGGCUGUCAUCUUGCACCUUUACCUCAGAGUUCUAGUUCUCCUGUCCAGCCUCUAGGACAAACAGAUCCUAAUGCUUUGUCAGAUCACAAAUCUUUAAUUACUCCCCUUCCUUCUAGAAAUGAGAUGAUUCCUGCUGCCUUUUCAGGGGAGAUUCCAGCUUCUCCCAUGGCACCAUCUGUUGACAAAGGCCCCACUGCCAUCACUAGCAUAACCUCCUCCAGCCCUUCUGGCUCCCCAGAUACAGCUACUUCAUUGUUUCCUACAGCCUCUCUCAUUCUCAAAGGCUCUCCUAAUGCCAUUCAUCAACAGCCUUUGGUGGCCCAGAUUCCUGCUUCUCCAGGAAGUGCAGACUUCAAAGAAACUCCUGUUUCUUCUGUUGGAACUAUCCCACUUGUGAUGACUAACCCGUCUCUAAUUUCUGCAGUGCCUACUACCUUUGAGGUAGCUACUUGCAUUUCUCCUCCAGUUUCAUCCAGUCCUAUACAUAGUAAAGAGCCAACUUGUCCUACUGGUUUAGCUAUGGCACCUGUGGCUCCCAAGGACCUUCCUAUUCCUCAAGUAGUUACCACUUUGGAGAUGCCAGUGUCUCCUCUGCCAGCUCCUAAAGACCUCAGAAAUCUCCCUUCUUCAAUAUUGGCAAAGUUCCCAGCACAAAAAGAUCUCCAAACUAUACCUGCCCCUCCUGUAAAAGCCCCUGUUUCUCCAGCCCAGGACAGUCUUCCUACAGAGAAAGACCCUGCUCUACUACCAGUGACCCUGACAACCCCUAAAAAUUUCCCCUCUCCCCAAAGUACAUCAUCAUCUCUGGAGAUAGCUCUUUCUCCUGAAGUCACACUAGCAAAGAAACACCUGGUAGAGCCUCUCCCUGUAGGUAAGUCAGCCAGUGCUACAUCCUCUCCUGUGGAUGUUCCCUCCCCAGUAUCUGUAAUCAGGUCAGAUCCUUAUGCUAGCCAGCAUCUCAAAAGUGAUUCCAUCACGUCAACAGUGGCUACAUUUCCUUUGGAAAGUGCUGACCCUGCUGGAGUGGGAGCUGUCUCCCUGGCUUCUAAAAACCGCCCAGCUGAGAGUUGCUCUGUGACUCCAGCUGUAACUUUAAUCCCCCAGAAUAUUUCUACUUCUCUGGCUACUGUGACACUGGCUCCUGAAAUUUCCAAGUCCAUACCCCUUCCUUCUCAUUCCCCAACUGGGACUCCUUCAAGUGCAAAGAAAGUUAAUGAUAUUUCUCAAACCUCAGCAUUGGCAUCUGUGGCUUCCUCUCCUGGAAGAGGCCCAACUGAGAACCCAGGGACUUGUGUUACUCCAUCUUCCAAAGGAGCUCAGACUUACCGAGCUGGCCCCCCAGCUCCUUUAGGGACUAGUGCGUCUCCUAAGACUAAAAAAUCUCUACCAAAGAAGGGCUCUGCUAGCCCUGAGUCUCCUGUUAGUAAUCUUUCACCCCUUGUUUCUACAGUUGAACCUUCCUUUGUCUCAGAGGCCAGUCAGUCUUCUCAGGGCCCUAAAACCUCACUAACUAAGAAGCAUUCUCCCACUUGUCCAUCUCUCAAAGGGGUCCCUGCUUCCUCAGCUUUAACUCCUCCCUCCCCCAAAGAGGUCUCAGUUAUCCCAACUUCAGAAAGUAUUCCAUCCACCCCAUUCUCUAAAGAAGUUCCUACUUCUCUAUCUGUGACCCCUCCUUCCUCCAAAGAGGCCUCAGCAUCUCCAUCCUCAAAAGGGACCCCCACUUCCCCAGCUAUGUCUCUGCCCUCCCUCAAAAAGGCCCCAACAACUCCAGCCCCCAAAGGAAGCUCAGCCACCCCACCCCAGAAAGAGUUCUCCACUCCCCUAGCUGUGAUUUCUCCCACCCCUAAAGAGGCCUCAGCAACUCCAUCCUCCAAAGGGACCCCCACUCCCCCAGCUGUGUCUCCUUCCUCACCCCAAAAGACCUCAGCAACUACAACCCCCAAAGGAGCCCCCACUGCCCCAGCUAUGUCUCUUCCCUCCCCUAAAGGGGCAUCAGCAACCCCAUCCUCCAAAGGGGCCCCCACCCCCCAAGAUGUGACGUCUCCCUCCCCAAAAAAGGUCCCAACCUCCAAAGGGGCCCCUUCUCCCCAAGAUGUGACGUCUCCCUCCCCAAAAAAGGUCCCAGCAACUACAGCCCCCAAAGGAGCCCCAGCCACCUCAGCCUCCAAAAAGGGUCCUCCUCCCCCAGAUGUGACUCUUCCCUCUCCCAAAGAGGCACCUGCAACCCCAUCCUCCAAAGGGGCUCCCAUAACUCCAGCUGUGUCUCCUCCCUCUCCUAAAAAUGUCCCAGCGACUACAGCCUCCAAAGAGGUCCCUGCUCCCUCAGAUGUGACUUCUUCCUCCCCCAAAAAAGUCCCAGCAACUACAGCCCCCAAAGGAGCCCCAGCCACCUCAGCCUCCAAAAGGGGUCCCCCUCCCCCAGAUGUGACUCCUCCCUCUCCCAAAGAGGCCCUUACUCCCCCAGAUGUGUCUCCUUCCUCUCUUAAAGAGGCACCUGCAACCCCAUCCUCCAAAGUGGCUCCCAUAGCUCCAUCUGUGUCUCCUCCCUCUCCUAAAAAUGUCCUAGCAACUACAGCCUCCAAAGGAGCCCCAGCCACCUCAGCCUCCAAAAGGGGCCCCCCUCCCCCAGAUGUGACUCCUUCCAAAAAGGCCCCAAUCACACCAGCCCCUAAAGGAUCCAUAGCCACCCCAUCCCCUAAAGGGGCCCCAACUGCCCCAGAUGUGACUCCAUUUCCCAAAGAGGCCUCAACAGCCUUAUCUUCCAAAGGGGCCCUUCCUCCCCCAGCUGUGUCUCCUCCCUCCCCAAAAAAGAUCACAGCAACUACAGCCCCCAAAGGGGUUGCUACUUCCCCAGAUGUGACUCCUCCCUCCCCAAAAAAGGUCCCAGCAACUAUAGCCCCCAAAGGAGCCCCAGACACCCUGUCCUCCAGAGAAGGCCCCUCUCCCUCAGAUGUGACUCCUCCUCUGUCCUCUAAGAAGGUCCAGGUAAUUCCAGCCCCCAAAGGAGCCCCGGCUACCCCAUCCUCCAAAGGAGACUUCCCUCCCCCAGAGGUAACUCCUCCCUCUCCCAAAGAGACCCCAGCCACCUCAUCCUCCAAAGGGGCCCCUACUCCCUCAACUGUGUCUCUUUCCCCUAAAAAGGCCCCAGUAACUCCUGUCCUCAAAGGAUCUCAAGCCACCCCAUCCUCCAAAGGGGCCUCCACCCCUCUGGCUGUGACAACACCCUCCCCUAAAAAGUCCCCAGCAACUCCAGCCCCCAAAGGAGCCCCAGCUACUCCAUCCCCUAAAAGAAUCCCUACUCCUCCAGCUGUGACUUCUCCUCCCAAAGAGGCCCCAACAAUAGCAGCCCCCAAAGAGGCUCCUACUCCCCCAGCUCUGACUCCUCCUCUCAAAAAUGCCCCAGUAACUCCAGCCCCUAAAGAGGCCCCCUCUAGAGGGGUUUCCACUCCCCCAGCUAUGACUCCUCACUUUCCCCAAAAGGUUUCAGCAACUCCAGCCCCGAAAGAGGCUUCUGCUCCCCUCCCUGUGACUCCUUCCUCUAAAAAGGUCCCAGUAACUCCAACCCCCAAAGAAUCCUCUACUCCCCCAACUGUCAUUCCUCCCUCCUCUAAAAAGGCCCCAGUUACUUCAGCCCCCAAAAAGGCCCCAGCAACUACAUCCCCUAAAGGAGCCUCCACUCCCCCAACCCCAACUGUGAUUUCUCCAUCCCCUAGAAAGGCUUCAGCAAGUACAGUUUCCAGAGAGAUCCCAGCAAUCCCAUCCUCUAAAGGGGUCCCCACUCCCACAGCUGUGACUCCUUCCUCCCCCAAAGAAGUCCCAGCAACCUCAGUCCCCAAAGAGACUGCUACUCUCCCACCUGUGACUCCUCCUGCCCCAGAAAAGGCCCCAGCAAGUACAGCCUCCAGAGAGACCCCAGCAACCCCAUCCUCUAAAGGGGACCCCACUCCCACAGCUGUGACUCCUCCCUCCCCCAAAGAAGUCCCAGCAACCUCAGUCCCCAAAGAGACUGCUACUCUCCCACCUGUGACUCCUCCUGCCCCAGAAAACGCCCCAGCAAGUACAGCCUCCAGAGAGACCCCAGCAACCCCAUCCUCUAAAGUGGUCCCCACUCCCACAGCUGUGACUCCUUCCUCCCCCAAAAAAGUCUCAGCAACCUCAGUCCCCAAAGAGACUGUUAUUCUCUCACCUGUGACUCCUUCCUCUAAAGGGCCCCCCACUUCCUCUGCCAUGACUCUUCCCUGCCCCAAAGACUUACCUACCGAACCAGUUUCAGUCAUGUGUACCAUGGGCACCAUUGCUCCAGAAGCACCAAAAGAACUCCCAGCGAAGAAGGGCCUAACACCUCGUAAAGAUAUACUUGGUGCCCCAGUUCCAGAACAUGCACCUGUCAUCACAGCUUCUACUCAGAAAGGUCCAGCCGCCAAGAAGAGUUCUGCUGCUUCACCUCCUGUGUGCCCAGAUACCUUAGCUAACAGUGAUGCUAAAGGUCCCCAUUCUACACUGGCUCCACCGAUAGUCCCCACUCAGAAAGGCUCUUCAGUGACUGCAAAAGCCCUCCCUGAUUCUCCCAUGAAAGGCAAAGAAUCUCUUAAUUCCCCAAAGGGCUCCUUGCCGCCACCACCUCCUCAUUCUAAGACAUCUACCCCUCUAACAGCAGGUCCCUUGGAGAAGAUCCUUCCUAAAGCUGGAUCUGCAUCUAUCUCCCCAGCACUCACCCCACCAGUCUCUCUGCCUCCUGCUCCCUCCCCAGUUCCCCAUCUGCUUCCUAAACAGCAAUUUCUGCCUUCCUCACCUGGGCUGGUGCUGAAAUCACCCUCUAAGCCCCCGGCCCCUGCUGAUGAGGAUGAGCUGCCACCUCUGAUUCCCCCGGAACAAAUCUCUGGGGGAGUGCCUUUCCAGUCGGUCCUCGUCAACAUGCCCAGUCCCAAACCUACUGGGAUCCCUGCCCCAACCCCCUCUGCCAAGCAGCCUGUUCUGAAGAACAACAAGGGGUCUGGAACAGAAUCUGACAGUGAUGAAUCAGUACCAGAGCUUGAAGAACAAGAUUCCACACAGGCAACCACACAACAAGCCCAGCUGGCAGCAGCAGCUGAAAUCGAUGAAGAACCAGUCAGUAAAGCAAAACAGAGUAGAAGUGAAAAAAAGGCACGGAAGGCUAUGUCCAAACUGGGUCUUCGGCAGGUUACAGGGGUUACUAGAGUCACUAUCCGGAAAUCUAAGAAUAUCCUUUUUGUCAUCACAAAACCAGAUGUCUACAAGAGCCCAGCUUCAGAUACCUACAUAGUUUUUGGGGAGGCCAAGAUCGAGGAUUUGUCUCAGCAAGCACAGCUAGCAGCUGCUGAGAAAUUCAAAGUUCAAGGUGAAGCUGUCUCAAACAUUCAAGAAAACACACAGACUCCAACUGUACAGGAGGAGAGUGAAGAGGAGGAGGUUGAUGAAACAGGUGUGGAAGUUAAGGACAUAGAAUUGGUCAUGUCACAAGCAAAUGUGUCAAGAGCAAAAGCAGUCCGAGCCCUGAAGAACAACAGUAAUGAUAUUGUAAAUGCUAUUAUGGAAUUAACAAUGUAAUCAUCUGAAAAGGAGGACUUUUUUUCGUGUUCCAAAAGAAUACUGCAGCCUGGUUUGAAAUUUGUACUGUUUCUAUCAUUAAUAAAGUUAUGGCUUCUUGUUCGAUGAACUAA